GAUGUGCGACGAGAUAAAUUUAUGAUUGAAUCACAGUGGCAAUUGCGAUUCGAUUAGGUCGCUUUCAUGGAAGUGUUUCAGCAUUUUGCAGUAGAGAGAGGGAGACUAAUUCUGAGCCCUUGACGUUGUUCCCUGCAUGUGACUGGGUAUGUUAUGGACCCAAGUGCUAUGUGUCUAUCCAAGCUCCUCCUUGUCUUGCCUUGCUUUGCUUUGACCUUCAAUACCAUUGUUGUUGCCGCUGCUGCGUUGCUACUUCCGUCUUUUCACUCAUUGCCCUUUUUUCUCCCGAGUCUCUCUUCCGCUCGUGUGGUUGUUGCUCUCCCUCUGCUUCUUUUUCCUCGUCGCUGGUUUAGGACCCGUUCCUCUCAAUUCUAUUCCCCCUCGCAUACCUCCUUUUCCUUCAUCGCUACCCUUAUUGCACUCGAUACUACAAUAUCUUCUCUAUAACGGGUCUCCUUUUCUCAUGCAUUUCUGUCAUGUAGCUCCUCCGGGGAGUUAUCCUCUGCUUUCUUCUUCAAAACACCAUAUCUGUAUCUCUUUGUUUCCGCCCUUUUUAUCCCCCCCACCUUCCCAUGUCGUACAAAUAAUAUGUAGCACCUCCGCGGCCUAAGUUGGAUGGUCCACUGUCCAUUUCCUCUCACUGGCACCAAUCAAUAACAUCAAUCAGUCAAUUAUCCCGGCAUUUUGCCUCAUAAGAAUGCAAGUUUUUACGAAUUUUGGGUUUUGCACGCGAACUGAGGAAUUCACUUCUCUGGCAGUCAUACUUCAUGCAAUCAACGGACUGCUUGUUUUAGUUUAAGGGAAUAGAGACACAGAACCUCAUGGAUACUACAGCGGCAGCCGAGUUAGGGAUGGGGGAACCUGUAGUAGGGAUGGAUGGCGCGGGUUUUUGGGACGCAGGGGCACCAGGCCUAGAUCAGUGGGGUGAUAAUGAAGACGAUGAGUCGGUCGAGAAUGAUUUAUCUUGGGAUAGAGCAGGACCUCAUGGUAGUGCCGCUGUGGCCCAGGAGUACCAGCAAGCUUCUCAUUCAGGGUUUGGAAGAGGAAGAGCUAUUUCUGGAGCAGAACCUACACAGAAAGUGUUGCGAACAAUGCCUGAUGGAAAUAGAGGCCCUAAUCAUCAUAAUCAUAGUGGAAAUCAUCAAGGGUUUGGUGGCCACGGAGGCGGAAUUCAGUCGGGAAGGGGUGGUUCCGCUGCCGGUGGAGCGGGGUUGGCAGAUUUUGGUGCAGUAGGUUCUUCAUCAGCGGGAGCUGGAGCUGUGGGAAGGGGGCGCGGAAUGGGAAGCAUUUUUUACAAAACGAAACUAUGUAGUCGUUUCCGUAGCGGCAAUUGUCCUUACAGUACCAACUGCAAUUUUGCUCAUGGGAUGGAGGAACUGCGGAAGCCUCCGCCAGGGUGGGAAGAGUUUGUUGCUUCGCAAGAGUUUCCACCACCACCACCUAGUCAGCCUGGCGGUCAAGGGGGCUCAGGAUCUGCUGCUGGUUCGACGGAUUCGCAAGUUAGGUUUCACAAGACACGCCCUUGUAAGAAAUACUUUGGAGAGGGCAAUUGCCCUUACGGAGAGAAGUGCAACUUUUUGCACGAUGAACAUAGCGUUCCUCGUGCUGUUCGGGAAGCAAGAGAUGCUGCUGUGGCUGCGGCUUCUGGUGCAGUUGUUGCUGCCUCUCCCAAAGUUGAAAUGCAGCUCGCUCCAACAACGAAUGGAAACACGAAGGAGGGAGAGGGAGGUAGCUCGACUCCUGCAGGUUCUGCAACUCCCAAUGCUCGCCCUUCGAAUUGGAAAACUAGGUUAUGUAACAAAUGGGAGACUACUGGGCAUUGUCCUUUUGAAGAUAAAUGCCAUUUUGCUCAUGGGUCGGAUGAGUUGCAAAGAUACGGGGGAGGGCUACCGGAUUCAAGUGCUCCUGCUCUUUCUGACUCGAAGUCAGGAGGCACUCCUUCACAAGACACGGUUGCAGUGUCAUCGUACCAAAGACAUCAGGGAGGAGCGUCUUCUGCACGGUCUGGCUCGAAGGGGAAGAGUAACUGGCGAGGUCCAAAUGAGAUAUCGACAAUUUAUGGUGACUGGUGGAUAGAGGACGACGACUGGCAACGCGGGGCAACAACCACGAUCCACGAAGCCGCUGAACCUGAAAGUGAUGUACGGGGAGAGGUGCAGAGACGGACAACUUUUUCGGUUCCGUCUGCAUCAACACCAAAAACAGUGCCGUUUUUCAGGCGCAGCACUGGCUUGGAGCCUUCUAGGCAACAGAAUUUUACCCCAAUUAACAGAUGUGCAAUCGUAGCUCAAAUGGAUGGUGAGGUGAACCAGCAAAGCUUUCAGUAUGAAGGUGUAAAGGAGGAUGUCUAUGGAAGUGUGCUGCAACCUGAGCAAGGUUGGAGAAGGUAGCUCAGAUAAUUGGUUGCUCUUCAUCCAUCUUUCAUUAGUUGCAGUGGUGUAAAGUUAAAUUUCGCAACCACCGCCUCCAUGUCUGUCUUUCUCUUUGAUCUCAUAGACUUUACAGACGGUAAAUUUAUAACCUCAGUUUGUCACUGGAAAGUUGAACCUGUUUUACGAAAGCCCGACAUUACCUUGCCUUGUGAGAAUUCAUCAAGUAGUUCAAGCGCAAAUGGGUGUUCAUGCCUUUUGGGAAGAAUGGAGUGUCGUCUCCGAACACAGGAAGAUACGACGUCUUGUUCCUUAUCUUCCAGGACUGUUCCAAUCCCAGAAUCCGUUCUUAAAGCACUUGGGUCCGCUUUGGUUCACAGACACUUGCUAAUGUUGAACAUUUUAGCUACUUAGAAGUAUCUGUGACUGUGGCGAAUGUGCUAAUGCAUGGAACGGUAUGCUGUGCUAGUGCGUGUACAUACGAUCAGCACAAAUUGCUCCUGCAUUAGCCUCACUCAAUGUGAGAAGAGCUGGCUGUAUGAAUCCUGGGAGACCAGUUUGCUUUUGACAUGAGCUGA